AUGAAUAACGUGUUUCAAUGGUUUGCAACAACAGCGCUGCUGCCGAAUGACAGCAUGGGAGCGAGUCUGGAACAGCUGAAAACUGAUUUUGUUUGCGAUUGGAUCAAUAUGGCGAUCAGAGUUCAUUAUGGAGUUUUCAUCGAUGCUUUGUCACCCGGUCCAGAAGAAGAAGGCCGUCAUUUCGAGCAAACCAAGGAAGGAUUGGCACGCAUACGGCUUUGUGGUAAUGAUGUCAUCUCGCUGGAGACGUGGAGUCGUGUGAUGCCUGAAUGGCUACAGCUGAUCUACGAAAAAUGCAACGAAGAACAACAGAACGAUUUGAAAAUUUUGCUGUGUAAGAUCUUCGAACCCGAUCUCUGCCCGCUUCCGUUCGAGACUGUGAUGGUUUUCGACUUUGUAAGUACAAGGCUUGGCGGAAAAGACUAUCAGGAACUCUUCAAUGCUCUUCAGUGGUUGCACUUGCUCUCGCGCCUCGAAAUCUCCAUUCCACUGGAUAUGCUGCUCGAGAAGUUCAGCUUGGCAUUGUCAGGACUGACCACCAUGGAAAUUCCUCGCCUCGGACAAAACGACCUCGAAGACGACGACGUCUCCAUACACAUUGUCAUCAUUGACAUAUUGGUCCUUCAG